AUUUAUAUCUUGAAACGUAUUUAUUCUCUACGACAAGGAGGCUUGAUCUACGGUUUUUAUAUUUAUUUUACUGAGAUUCUUAUUUUACGAAUUUUCAUUUGAUUAUUUGAUGGCUUUUCCCAUUCUUGGAGCGCAACAGGAAACCAAUCGCAAAAUUUUAGAAGAUCUACAAAUUAAAAGACAACUACUACAGAAAGGUGUAAAUCCCGUGGCUGACAUUACCAAUCUCAAUUCACCCAUCGCCCAGAUGCCUACCUCGCAGUUACUGGGCCAGCCAACGGAAUUUCCGCAGUCCAGCGGCGUACAAACGGUUCCAAGGUCAGUUUUCAACCCCACAAGUGCUACAACCUUAGGAUUUUUUGUAAGCCAAGAUUCGCAUUACGGCAAUUCAUUUAUACCUGUAUUGCCACGACUUGACCCCAUACCUCCUAAUCAUACCGCUAAAUAG